UCAUUUGGUUUAUCGUUUUUCUUACUUCCUACUUCCUCGUGUGUAUAGGACGUCUGUGUGUCAGUUUAUCAGUCUUUCAUGUGACGCUGACAUGGUUCUUCUCAUCCUCCUCAUCUUUACACUCUUGCUGGAGAUUCAACCUCAAAGACUCUCUGAUCAGGUUUGGCUGACAGCGUCUCCAGCGUCAGUGCAGAAAGACUCAAACACAACGCAGCUGAGAUAUGACAGACCGACAGAUGCUGAUAACUCUCACAAUAAUACAGUUUUUAAUCCGAAAGAGAAGCCUGGCAUUACAGUAACCCAUGACUAUCAAAAUGGUGCAUUUAGAAUUAACUGUCAUAUACCAGGAUCACAUAACGCUGGUUAUGUUUGUAUUAUUUACAUUGGAGAUGAAAAUCGGCAAAUUCUAAAAUCUCAAAAACCAUCUGGAGGAACACAGUGUAUUUCUACACUCGCCGAAUAUUUGUUAUUUAAUAAUCUAAAGUUAGUAAAGAGUAAAGUGAUGAGCUGCAGUUAUUCUCCAGAACCUGCAUCAUCCACACAUUCACCAUAUAGUGACAAAUUCAACUUGACAGUUUUUCUUCCUGUGCAAAAUCAGUCACCAAGCACAACAAAAGCAUCAACCGUAUAUUCAACACCAACAUUCUCUACAAGUGAAACAACAACAAGUAUAGACUAAAUGUGACUCUAUU